UCCAUCCAAUAUGGGGAGCAUUUUGCAUACUGUGUGUAUGCAAUCAAUGGUAUCACUUGCAUCACACCGCCCCGACGUACUGAUAGAGGUCAAGCGCAUAGAAAGUGCAUACAUAUACAAGUGGUAGACCACUGCCUGCGACAGUACAUUCGAUUAACCUCGUCUACGUUUACGUAAUAAUAUUGUGCUUGUGGAAAAACAAUGUCUAUUAAGAGUUUCUCUGAGUUCUUUGAUGAUUUCAAUAAUUCAUCGAAAACUAUUAGAGAGAAGAAUAGAAUUGAUGCUGUAUUAAAAUUUGCACAUUUGUGGGAAGAAGGAAUCGAUUCUUUGUGUUGGAGACAAGGAAAAGUCUUGAAAAGCUUGGAUACAAAUGAAUUUUUUAAAUUAGAUGAUAUUGUGAUUGUUUACCAACAUGAUGGCAUAUUAUGCAGUUCAGAUAAUAACACAGGAAUACUUAAAUGUUAUGUCAUUUAUAAAGAUGGCCUUACUUAUAUAGACAACACAAAUGAAUUUUAUAGUCGUAUUUUAAAAAAGAGAAUUGAUCAAAUACAGUUGUAUAUGCACUUCUCCGGCAAAAUGGAUGGUAUCUAUUUUGAAAUUAAUGCAACAACGGGGAAGUGGGGAAUUCUAAAAAUUGAUUAUAAUUUAGAACGUAUUAAAUUUCUAAUUAACUUCAUUCAUAAAGAGUUUUCUGGUACCAAGGACUCAAUUACGGUGGUAAAAAUUUUGGACAAAUUAUAUCCCGACCUUCAAUUUGACGAAUUUGGAACAAUGUAAAUAAUUAAUUUGUUUAAAAACAAUAAUAAUAAUAAUAACAAUAAUAAUAUUAAUAAUAAUAAAGGUUAUUUCGUUUA